AUGGCCGGGCCCGUCGAGGCGGCCGCUGCUCCCCCCGGCCGCCUCUUCCCCUCCUCUUUCGCCGGGCGCCGGCGCCGCUGCUGCCGCCGCCGCCCGGCUCUGCCCGCCUUGCCCGGGCUGCUGUCGCUGGGCUUGCUCCUCUCCCGCGUCUGCUGCGGUGCCUUAGCUGGACCAGUAGUUGAUCCACAUGUGAAAGCAGUGUGGGGGAAGGAUGUUACACUGAAAUGCAUAAUUGAUAUAAAUGAAACAUUAACGCAAAUUACAUGGGAGAAGAUACAUGGAAAGAGUGCACAGACUAUUGCUGUUCAUCAUCCUGAAUAUGGAUUUUCCGUUCAAAAAGAAUAUCAAGAAAGAGUAUCACUUAAAAAUAAUUCGCUUACGGAUGCAUCAAUCAUCUUAACAAAUGUUACUUUCUCUGAUUCUGGAGAAUAUGUAUGCAAAGCAGCCACAUUCCCUCUUGGAAACUCCCAGUCAUCAACAACUGUAGCUGUAUUGGUUGAACCAAUUGUGAGCCUAACGAAGGGACCAAACACUUUAAUAGAUGGCGCCAAUCAAACAGUUGCAGCCAUUUGCACAGCAGCCACUGGAAAACCAGCUGCCAAUGUUACCUGGGAGGGAGGUCUUGGUGAAAUGGAAUCCACUUCAACUUCAUAUCCAAAUGAAACAGUGACAGUGGAGAGUCAGUACAAGCUUGUCCCCACCAGGUUUGCUAGAGGAAGACGUAUAACUUGUGUUGUGCGACAUCCAGCUUUGGAAAAGGAGAUAAGACAUUCUUAUGUACUAGACAUUCAAUAUUCCCCUGAAGUUACAGUAACUGGGUAUGAUGGCAACUGGUAUAUUGGCCGAGAGAAUGUUUUACUUAGAUGUAAUGCUGAUGCAAAUCCACUACCAAUGGAGUUUACGUGGAGUCGGUUGGAUGGACAAUGGCCUGCAGGUUUACAGCCUUUAAAUAAUACUCUGCAUUUUCUCAGCCCAUUGACUUACAAUUAUACUGGAACUUAUGUUUGUAAAGUGGCCAAUUCUCUUGGCCAAAGAAGUGAUCAAAAGACCAUCUACAUACUAGAUGUUCCAUUUAAGCAGUCGUCAUCUGUAGCUGUAGCUGGGGCUGUUAUAGGAGCUGUACUUGCUCUCUUUAUAAUUACAAUUUUUGUGACGGUACUGCUGACUCCCAGGAAGAAAAGGCCCUCUUACCUGGACAAAGUGAUUGAUCUUCCUCCAACACACAAGCCUUCAUCUUUGUAUGAAGAAAGAGCUCACUCUUUGCCUCAGAAAGAAAUAUUUCUUCCAAAAGAGCACUUCUCAGUGCAGAAUCAACAUAGAGACAUGGAUGUUGGAAAUAUGCAGCAUAAAAAGAUAGUAAACUGCAGGCAAUUUACUUAUGAUGAUGAAAAUCUCUUGGCUCAAGACAGCCAUCAACAAAUGUACCCAACUUACAAGCAAACGAAUUGCAAAGACUGGAGCAGUAAGAAGCAUCAAAAUCCGGACAACGGAAGAGUAUACAUCAAUCCUCGGGAACAUUAUGUGUGACUGAGUUGUAACAACUUACAGUUUAAUCA